GCUAUGACUCUGGCUGCAGGUCUGUCGCUCUGACUGACUGACUGACUCUCGUCCGGAUCCAACAUGGUUGAGGCUUUCUGUGCCACAUGGAAGCUGGUGGACAGCCAGAACUUUGACGAGUACAUGAAGGCUAUCGGUGUUGGAUUUGCAACAAGGCAGGUGGGGAACGUGACCAAGCCCACCGUGGUGAUCAGCCAGGAUGGAGACAAGGUGGUGGUGAAGACCCUCAGCACCUUCAAGAACACAGAGAUCUCGGCCAAACUGGGCGAAGAGUUCGACGAGACCACACCUGACGACCGGCGUGUCAAGAGCACCUUCAGCAUGGACGGAGACAAGUUUGUGCAUGAGCAGAAGUGGGACGGCAAACAGAGCAAGUUUGUCCGCGAGAUCAAGGAUGGGAAGAUGGUGAUGACCUUGACGUUCGAGGGAGUUGUGGCCGUCCGCACGUACGAGAAAGCCUGAAGCCGCCGCAUCGUCGUAGGUCAGGACUGAGUUUGUUCCGACACUGUGAGAAAUAAAAGUCAACUGUCCCCAGACUGGACUGUGGUGUGAGGGU